AUGGAGAAGGAAACCGGCGGCGUCACCCGCGAACCGGUCGGCCUGGCCGUCACCGAAGAUGUCGAACGCAUCGAGGCCCCCGUCACAUGGAAGGCCUAUGCCUUCUGCGCCUUCGCCUCCUUCGGAGGUAUCUUCUUCGGUUAUGACUCCGGUUACAUCAACGGUGUCCUGGGUGCCAAGGCCUUCAUCGAGAAGGUCGAAGGCCCCGGAGCCACUGCCAUCGGCGAAUCCGACACCUCCCUCAUCGUCUCCAUUCUGUCCUGCGGUACCUUCUUCGGCGCUCUCAUUGCCGGUGACGUCUCUGACUGGAUCGGCCGCAAGUGGACCGUCAUUUUCGGCUGCCUCAUCUACAUGAUUGGUGUUGUUAUUCAGAUGCUUACUGGCAUUGGUUCUCCCCUCGGUGCUAUCGUCGCUGGUCGUCUCAUUGCCGGUCUUGGUGUCGGUUUCGAGUCUGCCGUUGUCAUUCUUUACAUGUCUGAGAUUUGCCCCAAGAAGGUUCGUGGCGCCCUCGUCGCCGGCUACCAAUUCUGCAUCACCAUUGGUCUGCUGCUUGCUGCUUGCGUCGUCUACGCUACCCAGGAGCGCGAGGAUACCGGCGCCUACCGCAUCCCCAUCGCCAUCCAGUUCCCCUGGGCCAUCAUCCUCGGCGGUGGUCUGAUGCUCCUCCCCGACUCUCCCAGAUACUUCGUCAAGAAGGGCAGACUCGCAGAUGCUACCGACGCUCUCUGCCGUCUCCGUGGCCAGCCCAAGGACUCCGAGUACGUCCAGGUCGAGCUUGCUGAGAUCGUCGCCAACGAGGAGUACGAGCGCCAGCUCAUCCCCUCCACCACCUGGUUCGGCUCCUGGGCCAACUGCUUCCGCGGCGGCCUCACCAGAUCCAACUCCAACCUGCGCAAGACCAUUCUCGGUACUUCCCUGCAGAUGAUGCAGCAGUGGACCGGUGUCAACUUCAUCUUCUACUACUCCACCCCCUUCCUCAAGUCUACCGGCGCCAUCGAGAACACCUUCCUCAUGUCCCUGAUCUUCACCCUCGUCAACGUCUGCUCCACUCCUCUGUCCUUCUGGACCGUCGAGCGCUUCGGUCGCCGCACCAUCCUCCUCUGGGGUGCCGCCGGCAUGUUGAUCUGCCAGUUCCUCGUCGCCAUCAUCGGUGUCACUGUCGGUUUCAACCACACCCACGUCGACCCCGCCGACUCCACCAAGACCAUCGCCAACAACAUUCCCGCCGUCAACGCCCAGAUCGCCUUCAUCGCCAUCUUCAUCUUCUGGUUCGCCUCCACCUGGGGCCCCGGUGCCUGGAUUCUCAUCGGCGAGGUCUUCCCCCUCCCCAUCCGCUCCCGCGGUGUCGCCCUCUCCACCGCCUCCAACUGGCUGUGGAACACCAUCAUUGCCGUCAUCACCCCUUACAUGGUCGGUGAGAAGCGUGGCAACCUCAAGUCGUCCGUCUUCUUCGUCUGGGGCGGUCUCUGCACUUGCGCCCUGGUCUACACCUACUUCCUGGUUCCCGAGACCAAGGGUCUGUCUCUCGAGCAGGUCGACAAGAUGAUGGAGGAGACCACCCCCCGUACCUCCGCCAAGUGGAGGCCCCACGAGACCUUCGCUUCCGCCGUUGCCAAGGACGGUGUCCUUGACAAGGCUGCCGCCGAGGACGUCGAGCGCCGCAGCUCCAACGUCUAA